AAACAUUGGCGGAGGUGCCAGGCCAGCGAUCGCUCAGUCGGACUGGAAGAAGCGAGCAGGAUGUCGGUCGACAGCGUGUUCCGAACCCGCUCCCUCGGCGUGGCCGCCGAAGGUCUCCCCGAUCAGUACGCCGACGGCAAGGCGGCCAAAGUCUGGGAGCUCUACAUCGGCGACACGCAGAGCCGGACCCUGGAGUACAAGAGCUGGCUGGUGUCCCUCCUGAGGCAGCAGGGCGUGCGCAGGGUCCUGGACGUCGCCUGCGGAACCGGCGUGGACUCCAUCAUGCUGGUGGAGGAAGGCUUCAGUGUCACCAGUGUGGACGCCAGUGACAAGAUGCUGAAGUACGCGCUCAAGUCCAGGUGGGAGCGGAGGAAAGAGAAGGCCUUCGACGAGUGGGUGAUCGAGGAGGCCAACUGGCUGAAUCUGCCGGAGGACAUCCAGAAACCAGGCCACGGAUUCGACGCUGUCAUCUGCCUCGGGAACUCGUUUGCCCAUCUACCAGACUUCAAAGGGGACCAGAGCGACCAGAAACUGGCCCUGCACAACAUCGCCAGCAUGGUCAAACCAGGCGGGAUCCUCAUCAUCGACCACCGCAACUACGACUACAUCCUGGAGACCGGCAGAGCGCCGCAGGGCAAGAACAUCUACUACAAGAGCGACCUCACGCAGGACAUCUCCACCUCAGUGCUGUGGGUCAACAACAAGCCUCACAUGAUCACGCUGGACUACACCAUCCAGGUGCCCCAGGCCAAGGCUCAGGACCUUCCUGACGUCAGCAAGUUCCGCCUCUCCUACUACCCUCACCGCCUGGACAACUUCAAGUCGCUGCUGAGCGAAGCCUUCGGCGGCAAAGUGGAGCACAGCGUCUACGGAGACUUCAAGGAAUACAGUCCUGGUCAGGCGCAGGCGCCGUGCUACUUCAUCCACGUCUGCAAGAAGAGCGCCUGAAGGCCGCCAGCCGCCGUCCACUGUUUACGUCCCGCCGACCCAAAGAAGGCCAGCGUUGAAAACGUUUCUGUGUUUCUGAAGUUUUACCUUCCGACGCACCAAUCAAAACAAGUCUUUUAUACGUGUUUCAGACGAGCUGUGUGUAAAGUUUUAUUGUAAAAUGUUGUGAAUUGACCACACGUGUCUUAAGCCAUGGACAGUAGCUGUGACAUGCUCUCGUUCCAAAAUGACUGAAAACCAAAUAUCAUUUCACACCAAAUGCCUUCAGUGUGAGUUUUAAGCCCUUUAUUUUUUGUCUUCUGUUGAGAGAUGAGUAAUUCUCUUCCAAUUCAGUUCCUCUAACUCCAUCUGUGUUCCUUGUGUGUAGCUUCGCCUGCAUCAGACCAGGAGCUCUCUCGUAGUCCACCUGAAAAUGUGAAUGGUCUUUCUUCCAGUUGACUGACAGUGAAGAGAAUGUUGCUUUUUGGAAUGUUUUUUUCCUGAAAUAAACACCAAAGAGUGUCUUUAAGCACUUCA